CGAGGGGGGCUGAUUGCAUGCAAUUCGGGGCAUACACACAGACCGCGGGGUCUCCGGGAUAUCGGGGCUAUCAAGGACGGGCUGGGGGAUGGGGACUUGGGGACGGGGCCCAGGGAUGGUGAAGAUAGGGGUGCGGCUGGCAGAAUCAGGGCAGGCAGAGGCUGCGCGCCGCGGAGGCUGCUGGUCCCUGACGCCUUGACCCUUCCUCUCCCGCGGCCACAGCCGGGCCUGGCGGGGGGACCAUGGGCGCCUCGGUCUCCAGGGGCCGGGCCGCCCGGGUCCCCGCGCCGGAGCCGGAACCCGAAGAGGCGCUGGACCUGAGCCAACUACCCCCGGAGCUGCUUCUGGUGGUGCUGAGCCACGUCCCCCCGCGCACGCUGCUCGGGCGCUGCCGCCAAGUGUGCCGGGGCUGGCGAGCCCUGGUGGACGGCCAGGCCCUGUGGCUGCUGAUCCUGGCCCGCGACCACGGCGCCACCGGCCGCGCGCUGCUGCACCUCGCCCGCAGCUGCCAGUCUCCCGCCCGUAACGCCAGGCCUUGCCCCCUGGGCCGCUUCUGCGCGCGCAGACCCAUCGGACGCAACCUUAUUCGCAACCCCUGCGGCCAAGAAGGCCUCCGAAAGUGGAUGGUGCAGCACGGUGGGGACGGCUGGGUGGUGGAGGAAAACAGGACAACCGUGCCUGGGGCCCCUUCUCAGACGUGCUUCGUGACUUCAUUCAGCUGGUGUUGCAAGAAGCAGGUCUUGGACCUAGAGGAGGAGGGUCUGUGGCCAGAACUGCUGGAUAGUGGCAGGAUUGAGAUUUGUGUCUCUGACUGGUGGGGAGCCCGACACGACAGCGGCUGUAUGUACAGACUCCUCGUCCAACUUCUAGACGCCAACCAGACUGUUCUGGAUAAAUUCUCUGCUGUGCCUGAUCCCAUCCCGCAGUGGAACAACAAUGCCUGCCUUCACAAAUGGACAAGCUGAUCUCAAAAUUCACAUGGAAUUGCAAGAGGUUCCAAAUAGCCAAAACAAUCUUGAAAAAGAACAAAGUUGGAGGAUUCACACUUUCCAGUUUCAAAACUUACUACAAAGCUACAGUAAUCAGAACACUGUGGUCCUCGCAUAAGUGAUGUUGGACAAGUGAGCCCCAAAGUGAGACUUAGCCCAUGAGGUUCUUGGCUUCGCCCAGGAAAGAAUUCAAGGCCAAGCCAAUGGUAGAAGAAAACAGCUUUAUUGAAGGGGCAGUGUUAUAGCUCCAGCCCUGUUACAACUCUGAUUACUCCUGCACAGCAGGGCUGUAGGCAGAGACUAGCAGCUCAGGGCAGUUUUGCAGUCAUUUAUAUCUACUUUAAACACAUGCAGAUUAAGGGGCGAUUUGUGCAAAAGUUUCUAGGGAAUGGGUAAUAACUUUUGGGUCAUCGAGUCAAUGCCAUGGAAGAGAGGGGGGAUAACCCCCUGGUGUUGCGAUGGCAGCGGUAAACUGACAUGGCACACUGAUGAGCGUGUCUUACGGAAAGCUCAUUCCACCCCAGCCCUGUUUCAGCUAGUCCUCAAUUUGGUCCAGUGUCCGAGCCCUGCCUCUGGAGUCAAGUCCCACCUCCUACCUCAUAAGGAGAGACAUAAAUCAAUGGAAUAGAAUCGAGAGUCCAGAAAUAAACUCAUACCUCGAUGAUCAAUUGAUUUUCAACAACAGUGCCAAAACCAUUCAGUGGGGGAAAGAAUCAUAUUUUCAACAAAUGGUGCCGGAUAACGACAUCCAAAGGAGUGCAACUGGGCCCCUAUCUCACACCAUCUACAGAAAUUAAGUCAAAGUGCCUCAAACACUAAGAGUUAGCUCUUAGUGUUCUUAGAAGAAUACAGGGAUACCUCUUUAUGAUCUUGAUUUGGUAAUUGAUUUUUAGAUAACACUAAAAGCACAAGCAACAAUAGGAAAAAAAAAGUAAAUUUAACCUCAUCAAAAUUUAAAAUUUUUAAGCUGGGUGCAGUGGCUCACACCUCUAAUCCCAGCACUUUGGGAGGCUGAGGCAGGAGGAUCACUUGAGCCCAGGAGUUCGAGACAAGUCUGGCCAACAUGGUGAAACCCCGCCUCUACUAAAAAUAUAAAAAUUAACCAGGAGUGGUGGUGGCUGCCUAUAAUCCCAGCUACUUGGGAGGCUGAGGCCUGAGAAUCACUUGAACCCGGGGGACGCAGGUUGCAAUGAGCUGAGAUCACGCCACUGCACUCCAGCCUGAGGGACAGAGUGAGACUCUGUCUCAAAAACAAACAAACAACAACAACAAAAAAAAACCCCACAACUUUUGUGCAUCAGAGGACACAACCAAAUAAUGAAAAGACAACCCACAGACUGGGAGAGAAUGUUUUGCAAAUUAUAUAUCUGAUAAGGGUCUAGUAUCCAAAAUAUAUAAAGAACUCUUACAACUCAACAAUAAAAGAUAAGCAACUCAGUUUUCAAAUGGGCAAAGGACUUGAAUAGGUAUUUUUCCAAAGAAGAUAUACCAGUGUUCGGUAAGUACAUGAAAAGAUGUUCAACAGCAUUAAUCCUUAGGGAGAUGCAGAUCAAAGCCACAGUAAAAUACCACUUCCUACCCAGUAGGAUGAAUAUGAGCAAAAAGAAAAAAAGAAGAAAACAGCAAGUGUUGGUGAUGAUAUGGAGAAAUUACAACCCUCACACGUUGCUGAUGGGAAUGUAAAACGGCGCAGCUGCUUUAGAAAGCCGUUUGUCAUUUCUUCAAAAAGCUAAACGUAGAAUUCUACUGUAUGACACAGCAAUUCCACUCCUACAUAUAUACCCAAGAGGAUUUAAAGCAAGUGUUCAAAUAAAAUCUUAUACACAAA